CUGAAGUUUUCGCUCACCUCAGAUGAGUCGGUCCACGGGUUGGUGGCGUCUUGGUGGGGGCGGUUAAGAGAUUGCCAGGUAAUGUCACGACACCGCAUCCUUCAAUAUGUACUGUACAUAAAGGUCCCGUAUCUUCUACACCGGAAGACGAGAGUUUUUAGGCCUCCCAAACGUUUCGGCACAAGUUUUCUUUGCAUGGCAAAUCUGACCGGAUUUUAUCCUCUUUCUGAGACCACAAUACUGGACUGAGCCGGAGCACGGAAUUGCCUAAUUUCAUUCUAUUUUAUUAUACUCUUCUUCUAUAUUUGUUUUCAGCUCUUAUCCCUCCUUUUCACCGUCUGGAACAUGCACGAGGGCGGGAAUUUAAAAGCCGUCUCUGCUAGCGACAACACGGCAAGAACUCACACGCUCAGAAAUUCGUGCGAGCCCUGCCAUGUAUCGAAGCUGAGAUGUAGCCGGGAGAAGCCCGUGUGCGCCCGCUGUGCGAAGAACGGGAUGAACUGUAGUUAUGCCCCGACAAAACGUCCCGGCCGGCCGCGGAAGGUGCCACCCGCCGCUCCUACUGCCGCCAAUGUCACUCAGGGUGCCGUUGGCCAAGAAGAUGCCGGUGCCAGUUCCGAUACACGGCAUCAAAGCCGACGGGAGGUACUUGACACUGCGGUUUCCGGUUUGGUAGAUGCUCAGCAUGACUUGAGACCAGGACCGGGACCGGGAGCAUUGGAUCUCAUCACGACGUCAUCCAGCUCGCAAGAUCUGAACACUGCAGAAUGCAUCGACGCCUCCGUGGCCGCCGUCAUGGACAGCGUCGGGCCGGACCCUUGCACCGAUGUCUUCGACUUUAUGAACGCGCACAUGCUCGACGAUGCGGACCUCUUUGUCGACCCAUUGGCUAAACUCCUCGACAGCGCGACGAGCGCGAGACAUGACUAUGGGGACCCCUCGAUGGCGGUGCCAGCUUCUUCUUCCCAGUCCCAGAACAUCGAUCAGUCUCCUUGCCUAGACCCGGCGUUCUGGCCGACAGAGCCCGCCAGGUUCGCAGACGACUGCAUUUCUCUUCAGCAUUGGGUCGCCGCAUCCCCUGUGUUAGGACCCUUCAUGGACGCCUCCGAACAGGGAACUGCUACUGGCCAUGAUUGCUUCUGCCACACGGCGGCUGCGAACCUCUUGUUCCAUAGGAAGAGCGCGAAGAGCGUCCAGCCAAACUCGGCUCUCGAUGCCUGUCUGCACCUGCAGAGGGUUCUGGAUUGGACAUGGGGCAUCCUGAAGGACUGCCAUAGUUGUUUAGACGAUGAGCUGAUUCAGUUCAUCGUGGCCGGCACCGCGAAGGAAGUGGUGACGAUAUACAGGACCAUUAUUGACGAUAUGACCAGGCGUUCGAGAACAGGUGGAAACCGCGGAAACAAGUCCACAACAAGCGCUCACGGCGGUGAGAGACGUGGAAACGGGCGACAGGGGCAACAUGGCCUGUUGGGGCAGCAGUCUGGGCCAACAAAGGUACCGCAAGUACCAACGACAACGCAGACACAAACACAGAUGCAGAACUCCUCACUUUUCGGGUCGACUGUUCUCAGUUUCGGACACAAGGCGAUUCACGGCUCCGUCAAGAUAGCGUUCCUACGUCGCCUGGUCAGCUUGAAGCUGCGACAGUUGGGCUGUCUUCUUAAGGAGCUCCUUAGCUGGACACAGGCCGAGGCCACCUCAGGGCCGGUGGGUUCGCCGCUCAAGAUACACGUCACGGGCAUUCUGGAGCGAAUCAACAUAACUGCUGGAAUGCUUUCGACGUUGGAAUAGGUAUAGUUUUAUCGAACACUACAGACGGGUGUUUGAAGAAGUAGAGAGCAACUAGUAGAAAAGCGACAGCCCCGGCGGUAGCAGCAAAACGGGCGUAUUUCACCGCUUCACGUCUUGAGUCCCAAAGCAAAGAGCGUGACCAAGAUCUUGGAGAGUAUAUAUAUUUCCAGAGAAUAAAGCGAGUGAAGGCAAACAAGUAAGAGUCAUUGUCAACAAAUUGGGGAAGCCAAUCGGAACCAACCAGAUAUCGCGCUAAAAUAUGCCUUCAAACGGGUAGAAGGUGGACAGGUCUCUCGGCAAGGGAAAUAUCACCCAGCAUCACACUCGUCCAACAUGAAAGACUUUGAGUCAUAU